CAAGAGGCGCUGAGGAGCGAGGGAGGGAGGUGUCGGUGAGCGCGCCUCCCCCGCCAUUAGGUAGAACAGGCGGCGGCCGGCGAGGCCAUGAAGCGAGGCGGUGUGGUGCCGUGGUCCCCGAGGGCGCAGGCCUUCCGCCUCCCCGGCCGCCAUGGCUACGCAGUGGAGUUCUCGCCCUACCUUCCCGGGCGCCUGGCCUGCGCCGCCUCGCAGUACUACGGCAUUGCAGGUUGUGGCACUCUGGUAGUACUGGAUCAAAAUGAAGCGGGUAUUCAUCUCUUCAGGAGUUUUGACUGGAACGACGGACUGUUCGAUGUGACAUGGAGUGAGAACAACGAACAUGUGCUGGUCACUUCCAGUGGAGAUGGAUCAUUACAAAUCUGGGACACAGAAAAUCCUUCAGGUCCUUUGCAGGUUUAUAAAGAGCAUAGUCAGGAGGUUUACAGUGUUGAUUGGAGCCAGACUCGAGGAGAACAGCUAAUUGUGUCCGGAUCAUGGGAUCAAACAGUGAAGUUGUGGGAUCCUGCAGCAGCACAAUCUCUGUGUACUUUUAAAGGUCAUGAAGGUGUAAUUUAUAGCACAAUAUGGUCUCCACACAUCCCGAGCUGCUUUGCAUCUGCCUCAGGUGAUCAAACUUUAAGAAUUUGGGAUGCAAAGUCACCAAGACUUCCAGUGAUAAUUCCUGCUCACCAGGCUGAGAUUUUGACUUGUGAUUGGUGCAAGUAUGAUCAGAACUUGCUUGUAACGGGUGCUGUUGACUGCAGUUUGAAAGGCUGGGAUUUGAGAAACAUUCGACAGCCUGUUUUCAACCUCUCUGGACAUACUUAUGCUAUAAGGAGAGUAAAAUUUUCACCGUUUCAUGCCACUAUAUUGGCUUCCUGUUCCUACGAUUUUACUGUGAGAUUCUGGGAUUUCUCCAAGACUGAUCCUCUGCUUGAGACUGUGGAGCAUCACACAGAGUUUACUUGUGGUUUGGAUUUAAGCUUACAUCAUUUGGGUCAGGUGGCAGACUGUGCUUGGGAUGAAACAGUGAAGAUAUAUAGUCCUUCUUCACUGACAGCUGCUGCAUAAAAGAUGUGUCUAUGGAAGACAGAUGACGUGGAAGAUUCCCAGGGAAGAUAAAAAUAUAAUAUUCAGGUCUUGAUGACUGCCUUGUGUCUUAUAAUAGAAUGGGAUAUUUCAGUUCAGACUACAGCUAUGGGACAAAGUCAUGUAAUUCCUUUCACAAAAACUCUGUUAGGCCAUCAGAAUAAUUUAAAAAUUAAAAUGGCAGAAGCAAUUCGGGAUCUAUAUGGAGUAUAACAAUCUUUCUCAACUUUCUGUCCCCCAACACAUCUGGAUGGUAUCAAGUUGGAGAAGCCUGUACUAUAGGAUACUUGUCAAGCAGGUGUUUUAAGUAUUGGGUGACUGGAACUGUGUCCGAUAUCUAGAAAAUGAAAAAAUGUAAAUUGCAUUGUAAUUUGAUAAUCUGCCAUUGUUCAAAUGUCAAAUAUAUAAGAAAGUGGCAUCACACUGAUGUAUAUUGAUUUUAUUAUAUUUCUAUUUAAUGAUGCACUAUAAUAUGGUGUACACUGUAAGUGGGCUGGAAAUGACUUACAAUUACUAAAUAGUUUUGUCAGA